AUGAUAUCAAUUACCUAUGACACAGCUGCCUUGACCUGGGGCGGUGAAACCUUCCAAGUAGUCGAUGGAUCCGGUCAGCGGCUCGUCCAGAUCCCGCUUGCCUUCGCAAGAACUGGCCGAUGCGACCAUGUCCAGUAUGCUCUCUCCGUCAUUUACGACUGCUGGGAAGAGAAUCAGGGUCGACUUCAUCGGGCUGAUGGUCAAGUUCUGGCCUUGGAUGCUCCCUUGUUCUCGGGCACUGCAACAUAUUCGCGUGCAGAUGGCACCUCACCAACUUGCGUUGCUCGCCUGGGCCCUCGCUUCAAGGAGUAUCGACGAGCGCCUGUAGACGGAUCGGAUGGCGGUACUGUGAGCGCCUCAUCUCGCUCCAGCAAUCAGCAAAAUCGAUUCCGAUCUGCACUGCACUCACGCGACGGUAUUUGUUUCUACUACACAGAAGCAUUGGGCGAUUCUCCAGGCGACCUCUUUAAUCCGUCGUUUGGACUACUCCUUCGCGCGGAUCUGCACAAAACGUUCGACCACGGCUUGUGGGCUCUCUACGAAGACGAAGGCAAUUUAGUUGUCCAUAUUUUUGGCGGUAGACUAUCUCAGCGCGAGUUCCAUGGCAAAGUCAUUGUUCCAGCGCAACGAUGCCGUGGUGCUGCGCAAGCGCAACCGGACCUCAGACUUCUACGCUUUCACUACCAGCAAUGUGCAAUGCGGCGCCUUCGUGGAUUCUCCGCCGGCUUUUGA